AUGGCUGCCAGGCAGCAUCUUGGAAUUUACAUAUCCUCGACUUGUCUGAUAGGAAACAAGUAUGGGUUGUCACCCCUGCCGGCUCAACUAGAAGAAAGUGAAUUCCAACUUCUCAAAUCAUCUGCUUCAAAGUUAGAAAAAGAUGCAGACCUUGUUGCUUCGUGGUACAGGAAAAAUGAUGCAUCAAUUUCAGGCGUUUACUACCUCCAACCAAUUUCAUCAAAAUUCAAGUACUACUACCUCAGGGAGAGCAGAGAUAUCGAGAAGCAUGCUAAAGAUGUGAAGGAAUGGUCCCAUAUUUAUGGUGAAAUGUGUGAGGUGAUAAAUCAUGCAGCAGCGACAGGUCACUCUAACCUCAAACAAAAUCUCAAGGAAGCAUUUACAUCAGGUGUUGCAUUGGAAGUGAAGACAGCCCUCUCAGCUUCCACUAAUGGAUGUCAUUGUAUUGUUCGCAACCUUAAAGGUGUACCUUUAAAGCAAGCUGAUGCAGUGGUGUCCAACUACACAGACUGGGAUUCGACAACAAACAUUUCAGAAGGUGACAGUAUGGUUCGCUUGCGAAACCUCCAAGAAGAGAUUGCUCAGCAGCUGAAGGAAACGAACAAGAAUUACUUCAUUGUCCCAUGGAAAAGCAGUGGAUUUAGUCCCGAAACGUAUUCGGAACACAUGGAUUAUUUACAAAAUUUCAUUGCGUCUGUGACUUAUAUGCUGCGGACUGGAAUUGAGUUUGCCCAGCGUGGUCGGGGCAUGAGUCUCAAGCCUCAUGUGCCUCUGGGGAAGAAGCUGCAGAGCUACACAAGUGCCAAUAUUCAUCUUCAGUAUUUACAAACGUGGAAGAAACCGCUGUUUGGUUUUAAUGGUGCCGAGUUAAGAUUUAGAACUUUACUUGAAAGAGGAGUGCGAGGGGAUCACUUUGCUAUCAUGGUGGAGGGGCCUGAUGGAAGUGGAAAGAGUUCGCUCCUCUUGCAGGCUUGGUGCAUUGCAGCAGACUUGUUUGGUUCAAAAUUUUUCUGCGUGGUGAGGUGUGUCGACCUUACCACAGAUUGUCGGACAUCAGAAGGAAUUUUGCGAAGUAUAUGCCACCAUAUAAACUCAGUAUUAAAGUUAGAAUUAGACUUUGAAGGAUAUUCGUAUGAGGAAUUAGUGGAUUCUUUUAAUAAUUUCCAAGCCACGUUGACAAAGAAUUCAGUGCAUUGGGUGUUUGUCAUCGAUGGGGUUGAGAAACUUGUGAUUAAUGACUCUUGGACUAGACUGGAUUGGUUGUUUAUGGAAUUUAGACCAUUCAUCCAUGUGAUAUUCUCAUAUUCAUCAUCAAUUCCAAAAUCAGACGCGUUCAUCAAAAUGUCGAAGAAACUUGUAAAAAAGGAAACCAUAAUACAAACCCCAGAAUUAGAUGUGCCACAAACCAAAGAAAUGAUGGCUGUUUUGCUCAAAGAUAUUCCGUCUACCUCUGCAUAUUUCUCAGAAGUUUUAAAAGCCAUCUCAAACCGUCCUACACCAUUAUUAAUGAAAUUAUUGUGUGACUUUGCGAGUGACCAUGACAUAUCAAACUCCGAUGCCUACCCAGAAUCUCUUGAAAAUGCUGUGAUAGAAUAUUUUGUCUGUAUCGAAGACGUAUUUGGUGUGUCAACCGUCCGCCAUAUUGCUCAGUAUCUAUCCGCCUCAUUCUGUGGUCUCUCUGAAAUGGAACUGCUUGACAUUCUGUCAUGCAACAAUACUGCCCUGGCUGAGUGCUACCCAGUCACCAUCCCUGAUAUGCUAAGAUUUCAAUGUGCUCUGUGGAUUGAUCUGAAAUGUGCUCUUGGUCCACUCAUCGAGGAAUAUAAUCGAGACGGAAAAGUGCUUUUAAGGUGGCGCCACCACUGCAUUUAUCAAGUUGCCGUCCACAGAUACCUGAAAACGAUUGAUCACAUCCGAGCUAGUCAUCGAGAUAUUGCAAAUUUGUUUCUUGAGACAUAUUUGGAAUCACGUCCAUUAGUUAUGCCCGAGCGUUCUAUCCAUAUUGUAGAAUUUGGACAACGGUGGAUUUGCCCACAACCACUACUUUAUUCAGAAACAAAGUACAACCGUAGGAGAUUGAAUGAACUGUGGUUCCAGCUAAUAGCUGCAGGUGAAAUAUCUGCAUUCAAAGAGCAGUGUUUUUGUAACUUUGAAUACCUGCUAGCUAAGAUGCAUGCCACAUCCAUCCAGGUACUUUUGAGUGACCUUGAGGUGAUGCAGACUAAGCUGCUCGAUGCCGAGCUAUAUCUGGUUGCCAAGGCAAUCAAGGCAUCUGAGGCUAUCCUGACUGAAGAUACUCUCCAGCUUGCGAGUGAACUUAUUGGACAGCUGAGAAAGAUAAGAGGUUGUUACCCAGAUCACCUCAACAGUCUAGUGGUGCAGUCGAUGCAAUGGUGCGACUCCUACAGCCUUCCUCUACUGAUUCCUCUCACGUCUUGGCUGCCAUGUCCAACCCUUGAACUCAUCGGACGCAUUGAUUGUCCAAAUAACAUUGGAAUAGCUGCCACUAACCAGAGUUGCCAGCACGUCUUCUGCACCAAUGGAUCGGAUGUUUCUAUGUACCACAUAGCAUCCAAGAAGACGAUCAAAGCUUAUAAAGCCAACAAUGGGAAGUUGCGAUCAAUGCUGUUGUCGUAUGACAACCGACUGCUAUGUACUGGAUCCUCAGAUGGGAUGGUGGUGGUAUGGAGUGCAGCCACUGGCAAGGAGUUGCAUGUCUUCAGAGAACACAAAAGUUCCAUCCUGUGUUUAGCCAUCACCCACAAAAAUCAUGUCCUCAUAAGUGGUUCCAAGGAUAAAAACUUCAAAGUGAUGACGUUAGAACCAUUUGAACUUCAAGGUACAGUUGCUUGCCACCAGGGGGCAGUCACGUGCAUAAUUGUCAACAGUAAUGAUACAGUUUUUGCUACAGGAUCUCAUGAUUGUAAGGUGAGGGUGUGGUGCAUUGAUGAGUUGGUACUGAUGAAUGUGAUUGACUUUGGCAGUAGGAGCCCUAUACACUCCAUGGCCUUAUCAAUAGACAAUUCAUUCCUCAUCGUAGGCUGUGAGGACAAGACAGUUCACCUGGCUGCAUUUAUAACAGGAACAUAUCUGCAUCAGUUAGAUGAGCAUAAAUCAAAGGUGACCAGUAUAGCAGUAGCACGGAAUUGCUUUCAAGCUGCCAUCGGAUGCGCAGAUGGAAAGCUACAUAUCUAUAACUUCAGGAGCCGAAAACUACAGAAGACUUACUCAGAUUUAUCUCAGGCUAUCACGUCUGUGGCCAUCAGCGGCAAUGAUUCCUAUGUCAUGGGUUCAACCAAGGAUCAUGUCUAUUUUUGGAAACUUAAUCAAGAUCAAGACUUGAAGGUAGACAGCCAAGAUGUUAGGACAGAAGACGAGCAUACUGAUGUCGUCACUUGUAUUGCUGUUUCAAAUGAUGGCAAGACUGCUAUUUCAGGCAGUAAAGAUGGUACAGUGAAAGUGUGGAACCUUGAAGUGAGUGAUCUCGUGGAUACCCUCGAUGCUCAUAACGGCCCCAUAACCUGUGUGGCCAUGGCCAGUGAUGAUGCUUUCAUUGUGUCAGGAUCGGAGGACAAAAUGGUCAAAGUCUGGAGUAAUUCACUUGGAAUUGUGGUGACUAACUUUAAGGAACAUCUCCAUGAAAUCAGCAAUGUCUGUAUCCUCAAGGACAACUUGUGUAUCCUGUCGACCGAUGUUGGUGGCGUUCUCAAGCUGUGGAAAGCUGAUCAUGGCCAUACCAAGUUGACGUUUUCUGGCCAUGCUGAGGUCAUGGCUGUUUCUCCAUGUGGAUUGUUUUCAGCUUCAGGCGCGUCGACAUGUUUGAACAUUUGGACAGUAUUAGAUGGUGAUCAGAUCAAGUCGGUGAGCCAUGCGGAGAGGAUAACCUGUGUCGUAUUCACGUUCGAUUCGCAGUACAUCGUCACAGGUUCUGUGGACAAAUCAUUGAAAGUCUGGGAGACCCAAACAGGAAAAUUAACACAGGUUCUUGUUGAACAUGAUGCCAUGAUAACUACCAUCGCCGUCACUAACUGCAACCAGCAUGUCGUGUCUGGCUCCGCGGACACAAAGAUAUUGGUGUGGAACUUGACUACUGGAACUGUGGAACAUCACCUUUCUGGCCAUAGUGGCACUGUCACUGCUUUGAGGCUCACAUCAGAUGGCACUGUUCUCAUAUCUGGAUCAAAAGAUGGCACCUUGCGAGUGUGGGGUGUCAACCAGGGGUGCCUAAUUACAAUAUUCGACAUGCAUGUGGCGGUGGUGGACCUGCAGAUCACUCAUGAUGCCAGCCAUAUCAUUGUCUGCCUCGAAGACAGCCACCACAUACCACUGAUGUGCCUCCACAAUACUCCGGCAACAGAUGUCAAAUCCAGUGAAGAAAUUGUCAAAUAUGGACACGGUAAGCGCCAGAGUCGUCAAGAGACUCGCCGCCUUAGUCCUGCAGUCAGCAUCCAAUUCAAUGAUGAUGUUUUAUUCAUUGAUACCAACAGAUCAGGCGCUCUUAAGGUCCGCAUACUGAAUGAUACACCGAUUCUUCCUAUUCCACCAAAGUUACGAACUAUCCAUCGCCCUAAUCCAUUACCAUCAUCAAACCUGGAUGUAGACAGGGAGAGAAAACCGUCCCCCUCCACUUCAUCGUCCUCAACCGCAGCUCCAGAAACCACCAGAGUACCAAUAUCGUUGCAGUCAUCACCUGUGAAAGCGCCAAUCAAGAUGGCGUUGGAGUCACGUGAGAAGAAACGGAAAUACAAGGAAUCGCUGAAGGAAAAAGUGGCGAAGAACUCCCUCAAUAAUACAGCCAACAAGAAGAGCUCAAAGAUCUGUGAUAUUUUGUAGAGAAACAAUCUGUCCAGUUGACCAUACUUUAUCUGUAUGCAGACUUUAAAACGGUCAGUGUUAUCUAUUCAUAAUAGACAAGAUUAGCAUCCGCCCCGACUCCGAAUUCAAGUCCUAUUGGAAACUGCGCUCAAUUGUUCAGUUUGACCGGUUAGCAGCAUCACUACUCUCAGUCCGAGUUGAUUUACAUGAAUGUAUGCACACUAGUUUACAAAAAAUUUGGAAAAUUUAACCCACCUAAAACGUCCAUUUUACAGUGUUCUGUUGCCAUCAGAGGGCAUUCGCUUUUCGCAGAGAUCCUAUGGAUCAGAAACACUAGGGAAUGCCCUGAAUCUAGGGAGAGAAAAGAGUUUGUGGUGGGAGAGUGCUUACGAGUCGAUGAUGGACUAUUCCUGUUUUGCAAGGGAGUAUGAACGUACUUCUGGAAAACCCUUGUGCAGUUGAUGAUGAAGAACGCAAAAAGAGAAUCAACUCAUAAUACAUCGGUGAUGGAGUCAGGCGGCUGCUAAUGAUGUCUGAGCCCUUCUACUUUUUAGAAGGUAUCUUAAUUGACACUCGGUAUAUUGAACUAGACAGUUUUUUAACCCUAUAACACCUAGACCAACUGCCAGCGCGAGAACUUAUUCCCCUAGGCCCCGACGUAAUUUUACCUGGAAAUCAAAUUUUUUGCGUUGGGUCCAGCUUUUCACAAAAUGACAUAGGUGAACUUCCAAAUAAUGUAUUACAAGUUCCGUUUAUUUGAAAGAAGAUGAAAUUUCCUAUUAGGUAGGGUACAUCUGAAUUGGAAUCAAACCAAAAAAUCCAUUUCAGCAAUUCAAAUGUCCAACCAGCAUGUACUGGCUUGAAGAGAAAGAAAAACUUAAUUGUCAGAUAUCUCAAAAAGUUCUACAGCAACCACCAUUGUUCAUCCGGGCAUUUGAAAGCUUAAGUUUCAUAGAUUAAUAAUAGGCGGCGCUUUGAAGGAAAUCGGUAGCUUAGCGCGCGAAAUUUGAAUAUGGGUGUUUGAGCGUCAUCGGGCGCCUACAGGUGUUAUAGGGUUAAUGGUAGACAGCCUACCUGUUGAUUCAUAUUUGUCUUGAGAUGUCUGUACUCUGCCGCCAGUUGUAUGGCACGUAACAACCUGCUAGCCAGGUUAAGUGCGCAUGAGUAGGUUCAUGCAAAGGACGACAGUGUUCGAAACGAUGCAUGCUUUGUGUAUGAGGUUUAUUCAAAGACUGCAAGUGUAAAAUAAGGUCAUUACAGGCUAGAUGGUUCCCGAAGAUGGUUAGUACAAGUUGUCACCAUGGAUUGGUAACCUACAAACAUGAACAUAGAGUUUGCAAGUUCAAGUUAGUUCACACAACAAAAAAUGAUUGAGACAUGGGAAAACUAAUUACAUGUAUCUACUUCAGACUCAGAGUUGAGGUGUUAAUAAUCGCAAUGUUCUUAUUUUCCUUAAUCAAUGCUCAAAUCAGUUGAGAAGUUCGCUAAGGUAAUUUGCAAGGAUUCAUUACAUGCCUUACUCGUUAUGAUUACCCGUAGCAACUAAUUACCCUUUGUGCAGAUCUGAUUGCCGAGUAGAGAUGUGAGUGAGUGUAAAUAUGACUUGUCUUUCAAACUGAUGCAAAGGAAUUCCAUAUUUCAAUCAUAUGAUAAUUGUUUAUGCUGGGGGAUUUAUCACAUCAAUUUACCAAAACCAUUACCGUAUUUAUGAGUAUUUAGGCGCAUGCGCAUAUAAACGAAAACCGCUUGUUUUCGCCCGUGUUUUACCUGGUCCAAUUUGCCAUUCUUAAGCGCAUGCGCCUAUAAAUUUUGUGGGGUCAAUUCUAUACUAUACUGUUUCUUAUACUGCGUCGUGUGCAUGUGACUGCGCAGUGUCCCAGAAGUGUGGGAUUCUUGUAUGGCCGAUGCAACUCUGCUUUACCUCGCACCCUGAUCCCUGCCAGGUUGUGGAAUUAUUAUUGUAUUAUUACACAUACAUAUGUUCGUUUUGGAUUAUAAACAAUAGAUAUUAGAUUAAAUAUAACCAGCAUUCGUUUACUUGGAACACUAAACAACACAGGUUUUGUAAGUUACCUUCGCUUUAUGUUUUCUCAUUGUUAAGCGCAUGCGCUAAUAUUCGGGAGAUAAGCGCACCCUGAAUAUAAGUGCAGUGUGCCUAAAUACGGUAGAUUUGGUUAAGGUGGAAAUGAGACAGGUUUGGAAAAGAAUGCAGCCGUCAGUGUGAGUAGCUUCUGCCGGUAAAUAAUUCUUUCGUGGGCAUUAGUAGGGUUCAAUGAUUAUUUUUUUGAUAGAAUUAAGUGGCGUAUUAGAAAGGCUCUGACUAGAGAUAAUAUUAUUACAUCUAGUCAGAGCCUUUCUAUUAUGUCCCAAGAUGAGAAGGCUAGAGGUACGGGAGUUAUUUUAAUCUAUAAUAAUUCCUGAAUUAAACCAUAAUGUAUAUGGUCAGCGAACGUUUGAAAUAUUUAUCUGGAUUUUGUAGGCGUUGCUCAUCCAAAAAAAGCUCCGGUUGUUAUGAGACACUCUUGUUCUAAAGCUUAUGUUAGUUUCAGAUUCAUUAAUGACCAUAGAUUAAUAUUUGGUAUUUGUGUCUUGAUCUCGAGGUCUACUUUAGAGUUAUGGGAUUCGCAGCACCCACAGAUGACAUCUUUUUUUGGUGCCAAUAUAUUUGCCCCUUGAAUGGCCAAAUUUAAUACCCAAUGGAUUUCAAUAUUUGGCACAUAAAUUCAGUCAGUUGUGAUCACCUUGAUCGUACCGGAACUACCAGUAUUUCGAAUGAUUGCCUAUCAGUGGAUGUGUCUCACACCUGCAGCUUUACUCCUGGGUUCAUUCACCCCCCGUGAAUUUUUUUUAAAGGAUAUUCUGGGUAAUUACCACCACUUUUUUUUUCCAGGGUAAAACCUACCAGUAAACCAUCGAAUUUUCUGAGAAAAUCUCUGGUCCCAUGAGAAAAAAUGAAUGUCCUGUAACCACCGUCAACACCAGCUGUGACGGCGUUAGCCCAUUUAUUUAACGAAGUCAAAUGUCCUUUUAACUAUUUUAAUUGGUCAUCUCUUUUGGUCUUAACAUUUCCCAUUUCCGCAGAUCACAGAUCACGUAAUAACUGAAAGUAUAUAAAAUUGAACAAACAUAAGAAAAAUGAAACCAAGCCGGAUACCAAGAUACAGAUGAAAGAAGAGCAAGCCUGCAGAAGACUAGGGCUAGGAGGAGAUAAAUCGAAUGGAAAUUUGGGCAUGACCCGUAGCUUAUUUUACAUCUAGAUAGUAUUACAUUGACUGGGCCUAUUCACAGAGCAAGUAAAUGUCCUUAGGUCUGAAUACAUUUCUAUUAAAGUGCACAGAUAUCUCCUUUUUUCCUUUGUUGACAAUAUUUUCUGGCACCUCCGCUAUGCGGUGCUGCCAUCUGUCGUUACAUUUAGAAAUAAAGCUCAUUGCAGGGUGCGCUUGAGACGCAUCGU